AAAUCCCUCACUCCUUAUCAGGGCAGAGUCGAAUUGGCCACUCUGAAAUCCUUAUUGGUGAGGCCCUGAAAGACGAUGACAGAAACAGGGUUGAGUUGGCUGCUACGUUUGGUAUAGACUAUACUGAAGGCAAGAGGUAAAUCGGUGGUGACCCAACUGCUGAUGUCAGGGCAGCCUGUGAAGACAGCUUGAAACGUCUUGACGUUGAUUGUAUUAAUCUUUAUUAUAAGCACUGGAUUGAUACUAGGGUUCCCAUUGAAGUCACGACGGGUGAACUUAAUAAACUAGUCGAAGUAGGUAAAGUGAAGUACAUAGUUGACUGGGUCAAGUCAACACUAUGCUUGCAGUGCUGCUGUAUAAAGCCAGAAAAAGAUAGCAGCAAAAACUCCAUUGCUUAACCUGUUACUGUUGAAAGAAAGAAAGAAGAAAUGGAAACUAAAGUGGGGAGAAUAAAGCUAGGCACCCAAGGCCUGGAAGUAUCAGCUCAAGGCUUAGGCUGCAUGGGCAUGUCAGCCUUCUACGGUCCACCCAAGCCUGAACCUGACAUGAUCAACCUCAUCCACCACGCCAUCAACUGUGGAAUCACUUUCCUCGACACUUCCGAUGUUUAUGGUCCCCAUACUAAUGAAAUCCUUCUGGGAAAGGCCUUGAAAGAUGUCAGAGACAGAGUUGAAUUGGCUACUAAAUUUGGUGCUCGUUUUGUGGAUGGUAAAGCGGAAGUCCGGGGUGACCCUGCUUAUGUAAGGGAGGCUUGUGAAGGUAGCUUGAAACGCCUUGGUGUGGAGUGUAUCGAUCUUUAUUAUCAGCAUCGGAUUGACACCAGGGUUCCUAUUGAAGUCACGGUGGGAGAGCUGAAGAAAUUAGUUGAGGAGGGUAAAAUAAAGUAUAUAGGUCUCUCCGAGGCCUCUGCAUCAACUAUCAGAAGGGCACAUGGUGUUCAUCCAAUAACUGCUGUGCAGUUGGAAUGGUCCUUGUGGGCUAGAGAUGUUGAGGAAGAAAUAAUUCCUACUUGCAGGGAACUUGGUAUUGGUAUUGUUGCCUAUAGCCCUCUGGGGAGAGGAUUCUUUUCCUCAGGGCCAAAACUGGUGGAAACUUUUUCUGAUGGGGACGCCAGGAAGUUUCUUCCAAGGUUCCAACCUGAAAAUCUUGAGCAUAACAAACACCUCUUUGAGCGGGUUAAUGAGAUAGCAAGGAGAAAAGGGUGCAGUCCAUCACAGCUUGCAUUAGCCUGGGUCCAUCACCAAGGGGAUGAUGUCUGUCCAAUACCUGGAACCACAAAAGUUGAAAACCUAAAUGAGAAUAUCAGGGCUUUGUCUGUGAAACUAACACCUGAAGAGAUGGCUGAACUAGAAUCCAUUGCUUCAGCAGAUGCUGUAAAAGGAGACAGAUAUGGGGACACUGUCACAACCUAUAAGAACUCUGAUACCCCACCUUUAUCUUCAUGGAAACCUGUUUGAGAAGAUGCAUUUUUGUUGCAUCUAUACAAUCUAAUAAAUGAGCUACAAUACUGCCUUUAGAUGUUUGGAACCAUGUUGAGUUCCUCCUAUGUUCUGAGAAUAAGUUCUCUGUCCAGAUUAUCAAAUGUUGGUGUGACUUGUGAGUCCACAAACAGAGAAGUUUGUAUGUGAAGUUUAUAUGCUUGUGUUCUGAGAAUAAGUUCUCUGUCUAGAAAUAUCAUUGUAAUAUAUGCUUAUGUUCACCCUACCAAUUUUUAGUUCUUCCUAGUUAAGCUUUUAUUUAUUGCAGAAUGGAGUUGAAAAUGAACCCGGAGUUUAGCGCAGUUGGUUCAUAUAGCAACCCUUAAGAUGUAGCAUCUAGCUGGUCUGGGAUUUAGAUUUCAGAACCUGCAACCCAUUACAAUCUCUUUUGUUUAAAAAAAAAAAGAAUGGACUUGAAAAUUUUGUGCUUAAUACUUCCCAUAUUUAGUUACCUAGGUAAAUUGCUUAGCAUUAUCUAUCCCAUCAAAAUUUACUGUUAGCUUUGAAUGCUUUUGUUCUUUUAUCACAAUUCAGAACUGCCUAAGGAAUCCUGAAAUUAAGAUCUGAAAAUAAUUGGCAGAAGAUAUGCCUCUUUACCUAUAAG